AUGGAUUUUAUAGAGUUGGGAGAUGUGGGAAGUGGCUGUGAAGAUGAGAACUGCGGCCUUGCAUCGAGUCCCCUGGAGGACUGUCCCAACCAAGAGUGCCAGUGGGAGGAACCGGAUUUUGGCUUGGUCGAGUUAGGUGGGUAGAGGACAACAGUUAAGGCCUAUCAGAAGUUUUUAUCUGGUUACAAAAUAGACUGAAAUUAUUACUGAUGCCAGUAUAUAACCCACAAAAGCAACAAAGCCUGUUACCUACAAGACCACAAGUUUCUAUACUUGUACUGUUUAAUGUAUUAAAUGUUGCAUCAGGGCAGACGUCCAAUGGCAAAUCAACAGCCCCUUUCUUUAACAGCUAUUUUUUAAAUUACUGCAAUUAACAGUGAGACAUCAGUCUUACUUUUUUUGUCUUAACUUGCUCAUGUAUGGGUUCAAUCAGUUCAGGGGCAAAAGGUUCUGUUUUGUCCAAGGGGGCACCAAAGUCAGCUCUAACCUGUAGUUCUUUAUUGAGCCGUGAUGUAAAUGAACAAUAAACCUGAUACAGGCUCAUUUUUUAUGAAAAGGAAAAAUUAUCAAAUCCUAUUAAAAAAAACAUAUUUUGAAUUGCAAACCAUGUGAUAGCAAACUGACCUGAUGUUGUGGAUGCAGUGAAAGUGGGCAGUAAAACUUGAAACUCACCAGAUUUUAAAACCUCCCAUUGUUAGCUGAACUCUUUUCACUUUAUUCUUCAAUUAGAAAAUUACUAUUACUUCCCAUAUGUAACUACCACCAAUAACUGGUUUGCUUAACUUGGCACUAAAAGUUGAAGUACAUUCACUCUUGGGUAUUGAGGUCCUUUGGAUACACACAUUUGAAGACAAAUUCAAUCAUUUAGGUUUGAUAAUUUGUUCAAGUAUAUUUCUGUUCAAUACGAAGGGCUAAUCUAUCUGUCUUGGCAGGAUUUAUCUUCACUUUCAAAAUCUUAAAAAAAAACAAACAAAAAGAAAAUGACUUUUUUUUUCUUUUUUAGAAGUCAACUUGGUUUGCUGGUUCUCCUGUUUUCUGUCUUGCUCUUUGACAAACAUGCUACUAAGAAUUUCCCCUACAAAUUAAGUUUCCUAUCUUAUCUUAUUUUAUCUUAUCUAAGCUUAUCUCCUUUCAUCUCAUCUUAUCUUAUAUUAAACGAGGCUCUGUGUUUUCUGUCUUCUUAAAAACAUUUCAUUUGGCUCUUCUUCAAAAAUUUUAUUUGAGCUUUCUUGUAGGUGUACAUUGCAAUUAAAGCUCCUGUGAGAAAAGUAAGGUUUUCGUGGCUUUUGGCGCCCCCCCCGUGGACAAAGUAAUACAUCUUAUUUCUUGUGCUGAACAUGUAAAAGGUGUGUGUCCUCAGAGAGUAAAAUAUUUCACUCACUGGGAGUUUUUUUAUUUGUAUGCUUCUUCAGUGUACUGUUAAUCAUCAGGUCUGAUAGCUCCCCCUCCUGGCAGUUUCAGGUAUCUAAAAUUACAUCAGCGAGAUUAUAAACCUUGCUCUAGAUGGUUUGUUUGCUUUUGAAAGUCAUAGAAAGCUAUCAGUGGCAGAAUCAGGCUCUUUGUGGACCAGUUUAAACUCCUCAGGGUGGCUUUAAAUUAGGAACUUUCCAUUCCUUGUAUUUAAUUCAUGCAUGAAAAUGUCAUAGUUCUCAUUAAUACAUAAAGUGAAUCUGAUAAAACAUCAAUAUUUGAUGUUGCAGUGUGUGUGACUGUCAUUUAUAUCCCACUGAUGCUCUUCGGCCUUCUGGGAAACGUACUAACAAUUCUGGUGGUUUGGCUCCGCCCCCACAUGAGAAGCUCCACCUACCUCUACCUGAGCAGCAUGGCUGUCAGCGAUCUGUUGAUCCUCCUGCUGCUGCCUCUAGAUCUUUAUAAGGUAAACACAAACAUAAAAACAUAAGCACAAGGUGGGCAAUACAUUUUUCAUCAACGCUUGUUAUCACCUCAGAUAUCCUGUUGUGUCGAUGAUGUAGCUCGUGGUUCUGUCAGACACAGUAUAUGACGCAUUCGCUCCCCUCUGAGCUCUGUCUUCCCUUAUUGAACCCUCUGUUGCUCUACCCUCAGGGGAACUUGCUGACAAAUGACAUUUUUUUCAUUACAUCCAGCGGUUGUGUCAUACCGAGAACAUCAUCUCCUCUGCACAAUCACAUUGGCAGAUCAAAUAACGUGAGAGAAAACAAACAAUAUUGUGGGGAUUAAGACUUAUUGUUAACAUCUUCAAGAAAGAGAGAGAGAGAAAGAGAGGGCUGUGAUUUCUCACUUUAGAUCACUUCCUGUGAUUCGGCUCUGUUCAGUUUGUUGUUCUUGUAGUCCUGUACAUGUCAGUCAGGGUUAAAUAGGGUAAUAGUUUGGAUUAAAAGAUAAAGAGGCAGAAUUCAGUCAAUCAAUCAAAUUUUAUUUAUAAAGCAAGCGCCAAUUUAAAACAGUCGUUAUCCCAAGAUGCUUUCCAAAGAAAAAGAGCAGGUCUAGACCAUUGUUUGAUGAAUUAACAAAACCCAACCUUAAGAUGAGUCCGAUUUGACCCAUCUCAUCUAACAUGAGUGACAGUGGUAGGAAAAACUUCCUUUAACAGGUAAAAACCUUGGGAAAGACCAGACUCAUGCUAGAACGCCACCAGGCCGCUGCUGUGUUGGGGAGAAAUACAGAGAGAUAGGGGGAGAGAGAGAGAGGAGUAGGAGAGAGGACAUGGGGAGAGAAAGAGAGCAAGGGAGAAGGAAGGAGCGAGAAAGAGAACAAGGGUGAGAGAGAGAGACAAGGGACAACAGCAACAUUAACACGAGUACAACAACAACAGCUCAUAUUGAGUUGUGGUUGCAGAACAAGUACUGAUGAAACAACAUGAAUUCAGUUUACAGGGUCAGAAUAUAAGUAAUUAUGGACUAUGUUGAAUUAAUUUAAUGUGAUUACAGUCAGCAGGCCUAAUAGUAGUUAACUCUAGUUUUAUGUUAUUAAUGUGGGUGAGGCUGAUGUUCAUGUCUGCAGCAACAGUCCAGAGGAACCUAAGAGAAGAAGGAGCUCAGGGCCUGAGGCAGACAAUCAUAAAUGAUGCAGCUAGAGUCAGGCAGGUCCACAGUGGCCAACCAUCUGUAGCAUCAGUCCAAUGUUUUAAUAACGCCUGUAAAUCAAUGUUAACUCAUUCUCUUCUUUGAAGCAUGAAGAAUAAAGUUCAAUGUAAACCAAGAAUGUGCACUUAAAACAAGAUCUGUGUGAACUGGACAUGAACAGAUGUAGAUUUAUGAAGGUGAAUACAUGCAAAUCUAUAAAAAGGCUUUUGGGUUAAAACUGUCUUUCUCUUGCAGCUCUGGAGGCCCAGACCCUGGCCUUUUGGAGACCUUGCCUGUAAGCUGACCAUGUUCAUGUCAGAGUGCUGUACCUUCUGCACAAUCCUCCACAUCACCUUCCUCUCUGUAGAGCGAUAUCUGGCAGUCUGCUGGCCAAUUACAGCUAAGACCCUCGUGACACGUCGCAGAACCAGAGUCCUCAUUGGCUGCCUGUGGCUGGGCGCGGCCAUCAGUGCAGCACCUGUGUUGGUCAUGGUUGGAGUGGAGGAGGUUAGAGGAGAGGAGUCAGGGCUUGGUGGGUGGAGGGAGGAUGGAGGGUGGACAGGAAGGGAAGGAGAGCAGGCAGGCCUUGUAGAGAGCAGGGAAAGGGGGAGUGGAGAAGUAUUUUCAGUGGAAGAAGGAGAGGAGGCAAGAAAGUGGGGAGAAAAUGUCGGUGAGUUAAAAUGGUUUGGAGAGUCAGAGGAGAGAAUGGUGGAAACAGAAGAAAAGGAGGAGAGGGAAAAAGGAGAUGCAGGAAAAUCCAGGGAUGAGGGAGGGGGUAAGGAUGUUGAAGAAAAGCAACAAAAGAAAUCAGAAAAGGUGGAUGAAACAGAAGGGGAAGAAAGUGUCAAUGAAAAUUCAGGUUUCCCUGACAGCAGAGAGUGCCGCUGCACAAACUACGCCGUUUCAUCCGGCCUGUUGUCUUCCAUGAUGAUUCUCUCCAACCUGUACUUCCUGGUACCUUUCUGCAUCCUGGGACUGGUCUACAGCUUGAUUGGACGGACACUGUGGCUCCGCCCACAAAGUAGUCGUAGAGACCAGAGUCAUCGCCACACUGUAAAAAUGCUGGGUGAGUUUUCUUUUAUUUACUUUUUAUAGAAACCCCCUUUUUUAUAUUUGCAGACUUGUCUCAUUUUGUACUGUAAGCUGGGAACGUACAGCUGUAUGGGCUUUAAUUGUGAACUAUCACUCUCAACAUUAAGGGCAUCAGUAGUCCUAUCAAAAGGUGUACUCUACUCUAAGAGAUACAGCUCACAAACACUGAACAUUUAAAAUUUAAAGGGAAUAGGUUGGGCAGAUAUUUUACUCAUUAUAUAAUUCCAGGAGAAACAAUAUCAGUAUAUUAAGAGCUCAACUUCACUGCUUAAUUUAAACUCAUUCUGACGGAAAUGGAAAAUAUGUCUAAGUUGUAGGUUUUCUUCUUGGAGACUACAUGCUACAAAUAUAUAUAUAUUUAAUAUAAGACAUUUGACUCAAGACUUUUGUCUCAUCUUUACCAACUAACCACACAAUUAUGAGGGGUAGUUUCAACUCUCGCCUGGUCAUGAUAAUGGACUGUUAUCACUCAAAAAAAUCAGACACCAUCAAAAAUCUCAAAAACAACACAGGAAUUAUGUUCUGAAGUAGGACUCAAUUCGUGUAUUCUUUCUGAGUACUCGUUAUUUAGUUCGGUUUAGUUUGUUAUUUAAUUUUUUGCCCUUCAGUCUGCAAAAACAGAGCACAUGAUGCUACUUAAAAAUCCACCAGGACCUGAUGGAUUUAGCUUAGGGUCUUUUGAGCUGCAACAAUUAGUUCCCCAGUUCCCAAAUGCUUACUAAAGUGACACAGAGGUAUACUCUUGCCAAUCCCAGCUUUUUAGGAAUGUGUUGCAGCAUCAAAUUCAAAGUUAGCGAAUAUUUGCGAAAAACAGUCAAGUUACUUCGACAAGUAGGGAGAGCCUGAUACAUGAUUGUGUGUGUCAUGUCCCGUUAAAGAGGAGCAAUUGGGCUUUUACACACUUACAAAGAUGACAACUCUGUAAAUGCAAUUCAGACUAGUGUUUAAGAUCUUUCAAACAAAGGCCUGUUAUUUUCCCAGUGAGGUUUUAGAUAAGAUAAGAUAAGAUAUUCCUUUAUUCAUCCCACGAGGGAAAAUUCCAAAAUUUACAGCAGAGAUAAAUCCAAAAUAGAAAUUAAAGAAUGAAGAAAACAGAGUAAAAAAGAUGUAAAAAAAAAAAAAAAAAAAGAAGAAAGAGAGAAAGAAAAUAAAAAGGAAAAAAAGACAUUUAUAUCGAUAUACAUUAUUCUAAUGUUUAUUUCUUUUAUUUUUCUUCUCUGCUCUGCCCCUCUGUCUUCAUCCAGGAGUGAUUGUCUUGGCCUUCGUCUUCUGCUGGCUGCCCUUCCACGUAGGUCGGACAAUUUUCUCUCUUUCUCAGGGCACCAGUACUGACGGACAGGAAGCAUACGCUUACAUGAAUACACACUCAGAGAUGAUCAAUAUCUCAGAAAGCAAAGACAAAGAUAUCCAUGUACACACCGAUGAAGACACACACUUGGCAGAUGCAAAAAUCCAGACACACAGAAACAGAGAGACCCAGUAUGAGGAUAUGAGCAUAGACGUCGACUUAUACUCUCAUGUAAAAACAAGCAGGGGCGUGCAUAAUGUGGAUCACAGCAUCGACACAGUUUCACACACAAGAACACGCAAUAACACAACACCUGCUGAUAGGCAGAUAGGCAGAGUAACAGACACAAAAACGAACUUGCAUAACAUCACAAACACCUCACUCACUCAAAGAGUUACAGAUACCGAUACAAAGGUGUCACAUUCACAGACUAGUUUUCUUACAGACACCAGCACACACUCCUAUGGGCCAACCUUUACAGAGCAACUAAUACUUACUACAGAGCCCAACAAGAUACAAGUCUGCAGAAAGUCAGAGGAAAACACAGCCCCUACCUCAGACACGAGCACACAACCUGUGACACAAGCCUACCUUUAUGAUGAAAUACCUUUCAAUGUUACUUACAAACCCCCUGAUACCUACUACUUUUUAUAUUAUCUGUCUCAGUAUUUCAACCUGGUGUCCUCUGUCCUCUUCUACCUUAGUGCUGCUGUAAAUCCUUUACUGUACAACCUAAUGUCUGCCCGGUACAGACACGCUGUACACAGCCUCAUACACACACACUCUCACACACAGACUCAUCAUCGUCGGCGCACUCUUACAGGACAACACUCGACCACCACCACUCUAUGA